AUGCUCCCCGCGUUGCGUCAUAGCACAGAGCCCCGCGCCGUCUCGUGCGCACUGCGGCAUAUGCGCUUUCUGGCCGGCCUUGAGCGUCAGACGCGGCAGCCGGCAGACGUGUUGGAGCGAAUCCUCCGCCACUCCCGACAUCCCGAGGAUGUCGCCGAGAACAUUUCGGUGGUGGAGAUAGACCCCCGUAUCCGGCGUAUCCGGUGCCGGCAACCCGCCUUGGCGUGUAAUACGUUGCGCACUCUGCGUAACCUCUCACCGCCGGCCAAGACCUACCGAGUCCGCGAUGCCCCAGGCCCGGCGCGUCUGCGCCUGCUAAACCGAGCCGCCCCGUUCGCCCGGAAAGGGGUUCGCAUUGCUGUGGAUGAAGCUGACCCAUCCCCCGUCGGCUGCCUCGCGACGCGCAUGGGGCGCCCGCGAGGUGUUGGCGAGGCACUUGCCCGAUCCUCACAAGUGGCCGCCGGAGAAAGAGCGUCGAAGCUUAGCGACUACCUAGCGACCACCACGUCGAGCAUGUCCCUUCAUCAAAACAUCAAACAUCCCACCAGCCAAUCCUUCUGGCUAGUGCGCUGA